CCGGCCGCAUUUCCGCGGCUGGUCGCCUGGUAAGAAGUUGAGACUCUGUACCUCCCGUCCGGACCCACAUGGCUUGUUACCUGGUCAUCAGUUCGAGACAUCUCAGCAAUGGGCACUACCGGGGCAUUAAAGGAGUCUUCCGAGGGCCCCUCUGCAAGAACGGAUCUCCGUCUCCGGAUUUUCCAGAGAAGGAGAAGUCCACCACAAAGGCCCUGGAGGAUGUAAAGGCAAACUUUUACUGUGAAUUAUGUGACAAGCAGUAUCACAAACACCAGGAAUUUGAUAAUCAUAUUAAUUCUUAUGAUCAUGCUCAUAAGCAGAGACUGAAAGAAUUAAAGCAACGGGAAUUUGCACGAAAUGUAGCUUCUAAGUCAUGGAAAGAUGAGAAGAAACAAGAAAAAGCACUUAAACGACUUCAUCAGCUGGCUGAGUUAAGGCAACAGUCUGAAUGUGUUUCUGGAAAUGGACCAGCAUACAAAGCCCCCAGGGUAGCCAUAGAAAAGCAACUGCAACAAGGAAUUUUCCCCGUUAAGAGUGGAAGGAAAGUGUCAUGCCUGAAGAGUGCCCUUCUCCUUAAAGGAAAGAACCUCCCCAGGAGCAUUGCUGAUAAACAGCGGCCUGCUGUGCCCAACCGACACCAGUUACAGACAGACAGACUUUAUUUGUUUGGGAAGCGGGUCCCACAAACAUCUUCAGAUCUCAGUAAUGCAAAUCACCGGACGGGAGUAUCCUUUUCUUUUUCCAAAAAGGUACACGUAAAAUUAGAGUCUUCAGCAUCGGUGUUUAGUGAGCACACAGAAGAAACCCACGAAUGUAACAAGUCACCCGUCUAUAAAACAAAACGAACUGUGGAGCAAUGCAAGUGCUGCGGCUUUGCGAGCGCGAGUACACACCUCCCUAAGGAAGGAGAGAGAAGGAGCUCCUCAAGCCAUCUGGAAAGUGUUUCACACAACAGCUUCUCCUUAAGCUCUCAACUCCUGCAAGACAAAAGUGACCCUAGUGAAACAGUAGAAGCCUCGAUUGGCAUUCCUGCUUCAUUCUCUAAAUCUAACGUUCAUCUUUCAGCUGUGGACUUUCCUCCUUCCAGUAGAGAAAAAGAAACUAGAAAAACAUUAAAAAACCUUUCAGAAAACAGCAUUAAUCAUGCAUGCCAAGCAAAUGCCUCCUCCAGCCCACCAAACGUAUACGAGCACAGUGAUGCCAGGAUAUUUGAAUGUCUGGAUGAGUUUCCAUCGUUAGAGCCAAGUGGGCACAAGAGUCCAAUGCAUCUGAAUUCCAGCUCCAGAAAGAAGAGAGAAAAAUCCGUGGAUGAAACAGAAAGAGUUAGCAAAAAUGUGCAAAGGCUCCUCAGAGAAGCACGUUCCCAUGACGCCAAGUCCAAACCAUUGCCUUACCUGCAUGUACAGAGCAAGGAUGGCCGCACCACUCUCCAAUGGCCCACAGAACUGCUCCUCUUUACAAAAACAGAGCCCUGUAUCUCUUAUGGCUGCAAUCCAUUAUAUUUUGAUUUUAAGAUUUCUCGGAACACAAAGGAUGGCCAUGAGCCAGAGGACUUACAAACAGAAUUGAUUAAGGAGCCCUUAGAAAUGAAGACCAAACUAGAGAGCCGAGUCUCAGGUUUAAUCAAAGACCAACACAGAUUGAUCCAAGACGAUAAUAGUCAACCUCUGAAACCAAAGAUGAUGACAGCUAAUCCAGAUUGGGAAAAGGUCCAGAGAAAAUACCAUGUGGGAUACAGCGAUUCUGAGCCAAACACGAGUAAACACAAUUUUAGUGCCAGUGAUUUAGAAAUGAAAAACCCUGAAGUGCCUGCUUACCUUGAUCUCUCUCUGAAGAAUUGUGUAGGAAACAAUAAUAAUACUGAUAAUGAACUGAAGGAACCUUUAAGGGCCCAUUGGCAAAGCUGCCAAAGGGUAGUUCUAAACGACGCCCACGAGGGCCUGUCUUUUACUCCUUACAUCUCGAGGACUAAAAAACAUAAACGGCUUCCCUGUGAUCCUCAUUCAGAAUUUGAAGAUGCAAAUCAAUUCACCUGGAAAACUAGUCCUUGCACAGUAAGGGGUCACAGUGACCACGGGCAGGACCUCAGUGUGAUUUUGAAUAGUAACCACAUCAGUGUGACCAACAAGGUGCCCGGAUGUAGAACCCAAAAUUACAAGAGAAGUCCCCCAAAGGUGUCUCUAGAGAGACGCCCCAGCCCUUCAGAAACAUCCCCUGGCGGCACGUCCAGCCCGAGGAGUACUUGUUCAAGUCACAGGCCCAGAGGUCAUGGCAGAGGUCGAUUGCUCUACUUCUGUAAAGGAGACCGCAGCUCAGUGAAACGGCACAAAGAGAAAUGCCGAAAGCACAGCUGCCUCUGCUCGUCUGGUGAGAGAGCAAAGAGUGGCUGCCUGCAGUCUGAAACACAGCAAGAUAAGAACUGCAAGUCGUGGGAAUCGUUUAAAUAUGAAAAAUACUCAAAGCAUAGAUAUGGUCACUGUAGGGAAAGAUAUAAACUGCGCAAAAGCCAACCACAGUUUUCAGGGCCCAAAUCCAGGAGCGUCACCCAAGGCAAUGCCAGCUCGUGGGUUUUCUGUGCUGGGAGUAGUGGGAGGCCAUCUGAGUGCCAGGGACCUCAGCACAGCCGGUUGGGCCCUUACUCCAGAGAGAGAAUCGAUCACCUAAAUAAAAGUGAAAAAAGUCAGCAGUCUUUGCACAGCCCUCACAUUUGUGAUCUGGGAAACGUACAACCCAUGCAGCAUAACUCUGGGAAAAUGAGCUGUCUUCGAAGGAACUGUUCCAGCCGCCUCUCAGAAACCACAGAGUUAAACCUCACAGAAGGAGAGGAGACCUCUGUGACAGCCAAAAGCCUUCUAGAAAGAGUUCAAGCCAAGAAGUGUCAGGAGCAAGCAGCUAAUGUUGAGGUCUCUGCAAACAGUUGUAAAAAUCAAUCCGAGCCUCAUUCACAAAUCCAACGCACGAUUCAAUUUUCACCACCAGGCGGUCCCGGACCAGCAAUGCCUUUGUCUGAAAAAAUACGAACCCCAAGUAAAAGAACAAAUGACAGAGGCAGUGCAAUGGAAAGAACUCUUAAGACAGGCAAAAUCAACAGUUCACAGACAAACCACGGUACUGUUUUAGUAGACACUGAUUGUGAUAACCAUCUUUCCAAAGGUAUAGUUCACAUAGCAGCGGAGUCUCGGACACCGAACACGAAAAACAAGCCAACAACAAAAGAACAACCCCAACCUUUGGCAAGUGAAGUCCAGCCUUUUAUUCAAAGCUGUGAUCCAGUACCAAAUGAUUUCCCUGGUGCUUUUCCAUCUAAUAGAUAUGUUGGUGUUGCUGAUCCAACAGAGACCAAAGAGGACCAAAUGAACCUAAACUUGCAGAAUGUAAGCACGCACACCAAUCAUGCAGAGGGGAAUAUGAACCCUUACUGUGACAGAGCUAUGCAGAAGCAUGACAGAUUAGCAGAGGAAUUAGAAUUGUGUCAUAAAUCUCUCUCUCCCCCUUUACUUCAACAGCCAGUAACAUUUUCUCCUGAGGAAAUAGAUAAAUAUAAGCUCCUCCAGCUACAAGCCCAGCAGCAUAUGCAGAAACAGCUCCUAUCGAAGCAUCUCCGGGUUUUGCCUGCGGCAGGGCCCGCUGCCUUCUCCCCGGCCUCAGCUGUGCAGACAGUGCCAGUUCACCAGCACACUUCCUUCACCACCAUCCACCACACGUUCCUGCAGCGUUUUGCAGUUUCAGCUUCUCUACACUCCCAGAGCAAUCACCUCCCUAUAGCUCACCUGCACCCUCUUUCCCAGCCACAUUUUACUCCAUUUACAUUUCCUCCGCUGACUCCAGCCCUCAUCCCUGCACACCCCACUUUCAUGGCGGGUCAUCCCCUACAUUUAGUCACUGCUGCCCCCUUCCACCCAUCUCACAUAGCACUUCAGCCCCUGCCCCCGGCAGCAUUCAUCCCCACUUUGUUUAGCCCUCACUUAAACCCAGCCACGGCUUCUAUCAUCCACCUGAAUCCUUUAAUUCAACCAGUGUUUCAAGGUCAAGAUCUUUGCCAUCAUUCUUGCUCCAGUCAGGUGCAACAGUAUAAUGGAGUGAAAGAGGCCUUAAAUGUGUCAGCGCACUUGAACUAA